GUUAGCCAUUCCCUAAGCCUUUCUCCCGAGCGCGCUGGAGAGGCCAUUUUAAUGAAUGGAGUCCUGUCUAUUCAGAGGAGGCGAGAAGCAGAGCUGCCUGUAAACCUUGUGUUGGUUAGCAGUCGACUGCAGGAGUAAAAAUAUUAAAGUGGUCCAAGUGGAAGUCAACCAGCCUCCAAGAUGGCCAAAAGUGACCCAGGAAAGCCAAAGGGCAAGAUGUCUGCUUAUGCCUACUUUGUGAAGACCUGUCGUGAGGAGCACAACAAGAAAAACCCUGGUGUUUCUGUCAAUUUUGCAGAAUUCUCCAAGAAGUGUUCAGAGAGAUGGAAGGUUAUGUCCCCAAAAGAAAAGACAAAAUUUGAAGACCUGGCAAAGCAAGAUAAGGCUCGCUAUGACCAAGAAAUGAUGAACUACAACCCAGGCAAGAGGGGCAGAAAGAAGAAGGACCCCAAUGCACCUAGGAGGCCGCCGUCAGGAUUUCUCUUGUUCUGUGCCGAGCGCAGGCCCAGUAUCAAGGCUCAGCACCCCAGCAUGGGUAUUGGUGAUGUAGCCAAGAAACUUGGUGAGAUGUGGAACAAUAUGUCGGACUCUGAGAAACAACCCUUCCUUUCACAGGCCAACAAACUCAAGGACAAGUAUCAGAAGGACAUGAACAACUACAAGGCGAAGGGUAAAGCAGGCAGUGGGUCAUCAGCAGGCAAAUCAAAAUCCAAAGAUGAUGACGAUGACGAUGAAGAGGAUGAGGAGGAAGACGAAGAAGAGGAGGAUGAGGAUGAUGAUGAUGACUAAAGGACUUUGCAACUAUCCUGUUAUCAGAUUAGGUAUACAAUCACUGCCAGUUUGAUUUCAGAUAAGGUCUGCCAGGUGCUAGCUAAAAGGCCAUACUCUUAGCACCCACAGAGAUUCUCAAUCUGUGCAAGCUAAGAUUGAUUAUUUUCAAAUACUGAUUUUGCUUAUGCGCCCCCCCCCCACCAACAUCUUAAGUGUACUGCAAAAGAAGGGGUAUAUUGUCUUUGCUAUUCAGCAAUAAGUUGAGUAAGAAUAUACAUGUUAAGCUGUUUAAGGUUGUGUUUCUGUGGUUCUUAACUUAGAAAUUCCAUUUUAUUUUUCUAUUCUCCCAGCUUCAAAUUGCACAAUUCAAGGUUGGUAGAAAGAAGUAGCAAAAGUCAGGGUUUUGAGUCUUGAAGAUUUACGAGAGGCUGAAUAGCAGUUGUUUUCUGGUCAGCACAGUUCCACUAUGUAAAGCAUUGAAAGCUGUUUGUCCAGGUUUCUUUUUGUAUAAUUUCGGAUAGACCUAUUGAGCCUUUUGUGUGGGCCUUGGCUUUGCCCAGAGGAGAAUACGUAUAGCACCUCUAGAUGCAUAAAGCCCUUGUUUGUGCUUUGAUUUAUUUGGGUUAUUUUAAAUGCCUAGAUAACACUGUGAUUUAAAAUGACAGCAUUUUUAGAUGUAGUGUGUGAUGUGACUUUUAUGUAAUAACGUCAAAUGUGUGAGUGGUGUUUGGAUUAAAAUGGUGUUUGCUUAUUGAUUUGAUGCUGUUGUAUGGCUAUUUAUGGUAAUAAAGUUAUGUUAAUGGUACUGGAAA